GCCCAGAGGACGCCUGGUGCUUCCUGUUUCCGGUUCCCGGAGUGGUGCACAGCGAGGCGCCUUGGGGGACGCUGGCCUUUGACACGAGUGGUGGGUCGGGGUGUGCUGCCGGCCGCUCGCGGGCCCUGUCUCGCAGCCCCAGACAGAGGUCCAGCCGGGGAUUCUGCGCCCUGACCACCCGCUUUGCCCGCGACACAAAUCCUCAACAGCGAUCUGUAGACACUGACUCUUCCCCAAGGCCAGUGCCGUCCUCUUUGCUGAGUGCACGGUGUACCCCUUUCCUGAAGGCACCCAGGCAGGACAGGAGGAUGUUCCCCUUCUCCCACUGCUGGAGGACCGCACUGCUCCUGCCACUGCUCCUGGCCGUGGCGGUAAGAGAAUCCUGGCAGACGGAAGAAAAAACCUGCGACCUGGUAGGAGCAAAGGGUAAAGAGUCAGAGACAGAGUUAGCACUGCUGAAGAGGCUGCAGCCGCUGUAUAACAAAAGCUUUGAGAGCACCGUGGGCCAGGGCCCCGACACGUAUAUCUACAUGUUCAGGGUGUGCCGAGAAGCUGGCAACCGUACCUCUGGGGCAGGCCUGGUGCAGAUCAAUAAAAGUAACGGGAAGGAGAUGGUGGUAGGGAGACUCAACGAGACCCACAUCUUCAAUGGAAGUAAUUGGAUCAUGCUCAUCUAUAAAGGGGGCGAUGAAUACGACAGGCACUGCGGCAUGGAGCAGCGCCGUGCGGUGGUGAUGAUCUCCUGCAAUCGACACACCCUGGCGGACAGCUUUACCCCUGUGUCGGAGGAGCGCAGCAAAGUCCAAGACUGUUUCUACCUCUUUGAGAUGGACAGCAGCCUGGCCUGCUCCCCAGAGAUCUCCCGCCUCAGCGUGGGCUCCAUCUUACUAGUCACGUUUGCGUCCCUGGUCGCAGUCUAUGUCAUCGGGGGGUUCCUGUACCAGCGCCUGGUGGUGGGCGCCAAGGGAAUGGAGCAGUUUCCUCACCUCGCCUUCUGGCAAGAUCUUGGCAACCUGGUUGCAGACGGUUGUGACUUUGUGUGCCGUUCUAAACCCCGAAAUGUGCCUGCUGCAUAUCGUGGUGUGGGGGAUGAUCAGCUGGGGGACGAGUCAGAAGAAAGGGACGAUCACUUAUUGCCAAUGUGAUUGCACUUUAAAUGCCCAGCCGCUCCUUCAGUCCCCCAAACCAAAGCGUACUCAGCCAGAUUUCUUAAAGCAGUGCCCACUCCAGUCUCUCAGCCCGCCCUUCUAUUGCUCUUGCUUUCCAGUUUGCUUUGGAUUUGCAUUCUCUUCUCACUAGCAGAAAGGCCUUUCCUUUUUCUCCUAUUGUUUUUCCUCUAGAGAGGUACAGCUACACGACAGAGGUAAAAUAACGGGGCCUGCGCAAAGGAGGCCGUCACACUAUCUCUUGGUGUCAGAAGGUACGAAUAGGAUAGUUACAGUGAGCAAAAAAGUGUGGCAGGCUCCCUGACAUUUUUAAACACAUUUUCACAAGUUUUUGAGACACUGGAUUUCUUUAAUUAAAAAAAAAAAAAAGGCAAGAAACAUUAUUUAUACAAGGUUUGAUUGCUUUCCUGCCGUGACUCUGCACCCUGCAGGGGUCUCCGUGAGAAUCUGGAUGGGAUUCCUUGCUGCUUGGAACUACCCUGCAGUCCAAGUAUUGUUGCCAUUUGCUCUGAGCCUGGAGAGGUUGCAGCCCUUCUCCCACCUCCGGGACUGAGGGUGGGGAGAGUUUCCUUCUCGCUUAGAGGAACGUUGUGGCAUGGGAGUGACCUUAUGGCUGGAACUGGGCCCCGGACUGGGGCCUCCUGGUCAUUAGUCCGCACGUGGUGGGAAGUCUCGUCCGUCGAAAAGGGAAAGUGACUGGGACCGCAUGUGUCACAGGGGCUCCAGGAGAGGAAGUCUGCUCACUUGUAGAGAGGCCUCCCCCAGGGCUGUCUUCUCCCGCUCGCAGUAAAAGCCAGAGCUUUUCUUCCAAGGUGUUUCCCACUACUGGUACUUCUAAGUAUGUUGCACUUUCUUCCCAGGCAUGUCGACCAUCCCCCACCCAGCCCUACCCCCCCUAAAAC